AUGCGUGCCAAAGCAAUCGCCUCUGCAAGAAUACAAACGAACCAAAUCUCGUUCGUGGUCCUUGUGCAGUGCGACCCUACGACAUUAGCACUUGUGCUCAAGUUUGCACCUAUGGACUGCUGUGAUAAGAAGGCAGGGGUGUGGCUCAACCAUGAGGGCAUACUCAUCAACCGCUCCAGUACUUCAUCAUCCGCAACCACAACAAGCACCCUAACGGACUCGUCUACCACUUCAUCGACCACCUCGGUAACGAAUCCCUUAACGACGACGGGCCCUUCGGGUACUUCCACGGCCUCACCCCAGCCAGCCAACACCGAUUCGAGCAACGAUGCGGUAAAGGUUGGCGCAGGAGUAGGUGUUGGCCUUGGUGUACCACUCGUUGCACUUGUUAGCGGGAUCUCAGUGUUGGCUUUUCUCAAAAAACGUCGCCGAGCGCAAAGCAGUGGAGAUACAGCCCCUCCGAUGGACAAUAGCCAGGCGAAAUAUGGAUACGGGCCUGGUUCGACAACCUACACAGCGACACAAUACGGACCGAAUGACCCAGGGCAUAACAUGUCACAGUAUGCACCUAGCACGACUGCUACGCAUGACGCCUCAAUACCUGAAUACCACAACACCGUCGGGAAUACCACUCAGAGAUAUGACAUCAAUACUACCAAUGGCCCUGUAGAGUUGCCAGGGAGGAACACAGCUUACGAGAUGCAAUGA